CCGCGCGCAGACUGGGCAGGCGGCCACGAACUUCUGGACGUCCGCUCGGAAUGACGGCCACCAGAACCGUUGUGCCAGGAGGAAAGCGGUGCGGGAGACUCCGGGGUGGCAUGCUACCUUGGACUCAUGGGCCCACCGGAGGACCUCGGAGCGGAGUCCCGGGACGACAAACAGCCGUGCCGCCGGACAACCUUCAGGGGUGGAGAUUUCUUCAGCAGCGUUGGCCACCCGCCGCUCGAUAUCCCACUGAAGGGCACCCAGGAUCCGGGACUGGGGGACGAUGUAUUCCUGGCGGGGUUGCUCCGGGGCCGGUGCGUGUAGUCGGGAGAGGGCGUCGGGCUUGGUGUUUUGGGAGCCCGGGCGGUAGGUCAGGGUGAAAUUGAAUCGGGUGAGGAAAAGGGCCCAUCGUGCUUGUCGGGGAUUGAGAUGCUGAGCGGAGUGGAGGUAUGACAGGUUUUUGUGGUCAGUGUGAACAAUGAACGGGAGUUCAGCACCCUCGAGCCAGUGCCUCCACUCUUGCAACGCCAGGAUGAGUGCCAAUAAUUCUCUGUUGCCAAUGUCGUAGUUGCGUUCGGCUGGGGUCAGGCGGCGGGAGAAGAAGGCACAGGGGUGGAGCCUCUGGUCGUCGCUCGAGCGCUGGGAGAGGACGGCCCCUACGCCGGUGUCUGACGCAUCAACCUCGACAAUGAAUUGAGAGGAGGGGUUAGGGUGAAUGAGCACAGGAACCGAGGUGAAUAAAGAUUUUAGCUUACUAAAUGCUGCGUCUGCCUCUGGGGUCCACCUAAAAGGAACUUUAACAGAUGUGAGCUUCGUCAUUGGUUCUGCGACCCGGCUAAAAUUCCUAAUAAAUCGGCGAUAGAAAUUGGCAAAGCCUAGGAACCUUUGAAGAAGCUUCCUUGAUGUAGGAACGGGCCAGUCGACCACAGCCUGGAUCUUGGCUGGGUCGGGACUAACUUGGCCUUGUUCCACAAUGAACCCCAGAAAGGAAACGGACGACGAGUGGAAAGAACAUUUCUCUGCCUUAACAAAUAAUUUGUUCUCAAGUAGCCUUUGGAGGACCAGACGAACGUGCUGGGUGUGUUCCUCGAGUGAGGAUGAAAAAAUUAGAAUAUCGUCCAAAUAAACGAAAAUAAAGCGGCCGAGCAUGUCUCGCAGGACGUCAUUUAUGAAGCUUUGGAACACGGCUGGAGCAUUGGUGAGUCCGAAAGGCAUGACUAGAUAUUCAAAGUGUCCGAGAGGGGUAUUGAACGCGGUCUUCCAUUCAUCACCCUCUCGGACACGAACUAGAUGGUAGGCGGAACGAAGGUCAAGCUUAGUGAAUAUCUUGGCGGAAUGGAGGGAGUUAAAUGCGGAAUCCAUGAGCGGUAAUGGGUAUUUAUUCUUUACUGUAAUAUCAUUGAGAGCCCGGUAGUCUACACAAGGGCGGAGGGACUUAUCUUUUUUGUCCACGAAAAAAAACCCAGCAGCUAAUGGGGACGAUGAAGGACGAAUGAGGCCAGCUGCGAGAGACGUGGCAAUAUACUGCUCCAACGCUUCCCUUUCAGGUUUGGAAAAGUUAAAUAGCCGUGCGGAUGGGAGGGUAGCACCGGGAAGUAGCUCAAUGGCACAAUCAUAUGGUCUGUGAGGAGGAAGUGACUGGGCUUUUUCUUUACUGAAUGCUUCACGGAGGUCGUGGUAAACUGAGGGUACCGAGGUGAGAUCAAUUCUUUCCGGCAAUUCUAUCUGGGCGGGCGGAGUUCGUGGACAUGCUGAUUUGAGACAGUGGGUGUGACAAAAAACGCUCCAAUUAAUAAUGGUGGAUUUAGCCCAAUCAAUGUGGGGGUUACUUUUGAGCAACCAGGUAAGCCCUAAUACGAUGGGUGCUGAACGGGAAGGAAUGACUAAGAAACUCAUGGUCUCCGAGUGGUUACCAGAAAUGCGGAGAAGAAGUGGAGUGGUUUGGUGCGUGAUAGUAGCAAGGUGACGCCCAUCAAGGGAACGCACAACUUUAGUAUCAGAUAGUUUUACCACGGGAACACCAUGUUGUUUGACAAACCCCUCAUCAAUAAAAUUGUCAUCUGCCCCUGAGUCAAUGAAAGGGUUAAUGUCUAAAUGUUUGGUAGGCCAGGAGAGAGUACCUGGGAGUUGUAGUCUACCAGCCGCGUCAGGCUCUGAUGUCAUCCGGGGGGGCGUGUCUCCGGACGCGCUUGGAGAGCGUGGAUGUGCAGCUUGGGUGCGUGGGCUGUCGGGACGGAUCGGACAGCUGGAGAGGGAAUGACCUGCCUGGCCGCAGUAGAUGCACAAGCGGAGGAGCUUGCGGCGAUUCCUCUCCGCAGAAGUGAGACGACUCCCUCCCAGCUGCAUAGGUUCGUCGAGCCGAGGUGCAGGAGUGGAUUCCAUGUAGGCGGAUGGCCGGGGCGGUGUCUGUUGGAACUUGUAAUCGCCGCGGCUGUAGCCGGGGGUGCCGCGUCCCCGGUCCGCAUGGCGGUUGCUGAGGCGCUUUUCGAUGCGGACAGCCAAGGCGAUGAGGUCGUCGAGGGUUGCCGGGGUCUCCAGCGGAAUCAUCUGGUCCUUGAUGGGAUCAGCCAGGCCAGUAAAAAAUGCAUCCAGCAGGGCCGUGGCGUUCCAAUCACUUUUUGCCGCAAGUGCGCAGAACUCGACGGCGUAGUCGAUGGCGCUGCGGCGUCCCUGACUUAUCCGCAGUAGGGCGCGUGCUGCGUCGCGCCCGGGAGGAGUCCGUUGGAAUACCUGUUCCAUCGCCCUGGUGAAGGCUGAAUAGGACGAGCAAGUGGGAGAUCGGCGGCUCCAUUCCGCCGUGGCCCACUCCCCUGCUUUGCCAGUCAGAUGGGAAAUGAUGAAGGCGAUCCGUGCCCGCUCGGAGCGGAAGGCAGCCGCCUGCAGCUCGAAGUGGAGCUCGCAUUGAGUGAGGAAGGUGUGUACCUCACCGGACUCGCCGGAGAACCUCUCGGGUUUGGACAGCACUGAGCCGAGCGCAGGGGCCCCACCCUGGUCAUCUCCGUGGCUUUUAAAAUUAUAUUGGAUCCCCCUUCGGGCAUGUACUAUGGUAAGUUUAUUUUAAUAAAAUACUCCACAAAUCUCAAGUUGUGUAAAGUGCAAAUCUGCAUUCUUCUCUUGGCCUAAACGCUCGGCCUCGCCAGUCUCCUCCACUGACCACCAACUGCUGUAUUGUGGUUGGUCGAGGGUCGUGCCCCCCUGCGCACCGCAGUGUUAAAAGUUAUCAGCAAACAAGAACUUUUAGAUAAUGUAGAACAAGAGCACAGCAUUUUAAACAUAUAUAUAAGUCCAAAAAGUUGCAAGUGUAGGACAGGGUCCCAACAUCUCUGAGUUAAAAUAAGUUAUUACUCUAUUUUACUGUAUAAUGAAUGGAGUGCUGUAUGCAGGGUCAUUACAUGAUACAUUGUAGGUAUAAUGCACAUCAAACUUAAAGAGAAAGUAUGUUUUCCUGGUGUGUGUCCUAGCUAUGUAAUUUCUUUUACAAAAAUAAAAAACCUCGCAAAAAACCUGUGGAAGAGACGUCACUUGUUAGCUGUGAGUCAUCAGUCGUCAGAUGUCCGCCUCUCGGCGGCGUCCGUGAAGGCAGCGCCAGUGUGGAGAGAUGAAGUAGGACAGGAGGACACCGGAGCGGAUCAUGGCGGCGCCUCUGGGCCGGGACUCCCUACCGGAACACUGGUCGUACGGCGUGUGCGGGGACGGGAGGGUGUUCUUCAUCAACGACCAGACCCGGGAGACUUCCUGGCUGCAUCCUCGGUCCUCCGAGCCGGUCAACUCAGGACACAUGAUCCGCUCAGACCUGCCGCGGGGUUGGGAGGAAGGCUUCACGAACGAAGGGGCAAGCUACUUCAUUAAGUACGUCAUCAACAGCCAUAACCAGAGGACCACCACCUUUCGCCAUCCUGUCACUGGGCGUGCUUCUCCUGAUAACGUGGAUUAUUUCCUGCAGGAACAGCAGCAGGGUUCACGCAUGAUGUCCCAACCUGGAGGUGAGCAGCACUCCAGCACGACUGUCAGCGAGGCUUCCACCACCAUCACCACUUCCUCCACUGUGGACAACACCUCCAUGGCCAAGGGGUCUCGCUCCAGCAGCAAGGUGCACACUUUCGGCAAGCGCGAGCAGGCCAUUAAGAGGAAUCCCAAUGUGCCUGUCGUGGUUCGAGGAUGGCUAUACAAACAGGACAGCUCUGGGAUGCGUCUGUGGAAGAGGAAGUGGUUCGUCUUGGCUGAUUUCUGCCUCUUCUACUACAAAGACAGCAGAGAGGAGGCGGUCCUCGGCAGCAUUCCUCUUCCCAGCUAUGUCAUUUCACCCGUGGGAGCAGAGGACCACAUCAGCCGCAAGUAUGCCUUCAAGGCCAGCCACACCGGCAUGCGCUCGUACAUUUACAAACAGAGCUCUGUGAUUGGAUCUCAGGCAGAGCACACUGGGAUGAGGACCUACUACUUCAGCGCUGACACCCAGGAGGACAUGACCACCUGGCUGAGGGCCAUGAACCAGGCGGCGCGCAUGCAGAACCCCGUCGACACGGUCAUCAGACCGUCUGACAAGCUGGAGAAUGUCAGCGUGACGCAACUGCAGAGCGUCCCACAGAAUAACCAUCAUAACAUCAACCAUCAUAAAGCUCCAGAGUGUCAGAGACCUGUGGUCCACGAGGUUCUCCUAGAGCCCAUACACCACGACGCAGAAGAACACUGCAGCUUCCACAGAGACUCUCCUGGCACCACCACUGUAGAGAUGGACACCCAGGCUUCCCUCCCCUCCAACCCCACAGCUUCCGCCCUCCCGCUGCCCGACCAAGCGUCUUCUUCGGCACCUGUGUCCAGGGUGCCCUCGCGAACACCGUCGCGGGCCUCCUCCACACUGCCCCCCGGCCUUUGUACCAGGAAUGGCCUUGUGGAGACGCCCAGCCCCAUCUUGGAGCCUAACGGGAUCGCUGCAGGGACAUACCAGAGGGCUCCAGCCAAACCUGAGGACAACGUGCACAAAGAGGUGCGGAGGAGAAGUACUCUGGAGCAGGUGGAGCAAUGGGUCAAAGUGCAGAAAGCUGAACUCAAAGGUCCUCCAUCCAGAGACAACACGCUCCCACGCCGCACGCCACCCUCCCAGCCCAAGUUCACCACUCUGGACGCAUACCAGACCUUGCCAAAGACCCCUCGGCCCAGUCCACCGCUGGCGCGAAUAGGCGAAUACAAGUAUGCCCAGGACCGCUUGAGCCACUUUCGUCUCACGCCAGAGCUGAGCGGCCCGGGAUCAAACACCGUCCUGCAGCUGUACGAGUGGCAGCAGCGUCAACAGUACCGUCACGGCAGCCCCACUGCGCCGCUUUACACGCCUGCCCCGGACUACCCUUAUGGCGCCCGACCCCCCUCCACUGUUCCUCCCUCCUCGUCUGCCAAGCACAAUGGGCCGCCCCGGUGUGUGUCCGUACCACCUUCACCUGCCGACAUCCCGCCGCCGGGGCCUCCGCCAGGUACCAGCAGGACCUUGUCGCCUGCUCGGCGCCCGCACACCCCGGCUGACCGGGUGACAGUUAGACCUUUGGGGGAUGCCUCAGUGUUGGACACCCCCUUCACUGUUUCUCCUCGCAGGACCAAAUCUCAGGUCUUCAAGGCAUCCACCAUUGAGAGGCGCUCCAUGCCUCCAUCCAACUACAUCACACACACAGUCAGUGCGCCCAGCCUGCACGGCAAAACGCCCGGCGAGCUCACCCUGCUCCUCAUUCAGCUGCGGCGCCACCAGGCCAAGAUGGCGGCCGCUCGCCAGCACACGUUAGCACAGCUGCAGCGGCACCAGCCCGCGACUAACAACGUUCCCACAGCCAGCACCCUGCUCGCUGCCGGCCCCCCUCCGCUAACGCACCUCGGUCUGUUGGGCCCCCCUGCUCCUCAGUGCCCCUGCGACAGCCAGGCUGAUGACACGUAUGUGCAGCUUAAGAAGGACCUGGAGUAUCUGGACCUGAAGAUCAGAGCUUUAGAGCCCCUGAUCCUCGCAGUUCACAGUUUGCUACUGCACUGCACUGCUGGGCCUCUCAGGCCUCUAACGACCGUGGCAGGAAGUCAAACGCUGACAGAAUCUGGGAAGCCUGUCAAGGUCGCAGAGAGCGACGUAGACGUGAAGCUGAGUCGAUUGUGUGAGCAAGACAAGAUCCUGAAGGACCUGGAAAUGCGGAUCAGCUCGCUGAAGCAGGACAAGGACAAGUUGGAGAGCGUGCUGGACGUGUCCCACCAGCAGAUGGAGCUGUACCAGGAGCAGCCUGCACAUUUUCACAAGAUCGCCUACCAGCAGAGACUAUUGCAAGAAGACCUGGUCUCCAUCAGGGCGCAGAUAUCACGACUCUCCACGGAAAUGACGCAUGCCUGGGAGGACUACGGCUGGCUGGAGAGUUCAGUGGAGGAGCUGAGGGCAGCACUGCAGGCACACAUGAAGCUCAGUGCCACCUCACAGCAAGACAAAACUGAGAUGAAGCGUGAGCUGUGGAGGAUCGAGGAUGUGAUGGCAGGACUUAGCGCCAGCAAAGCCAACUACAAAGUCACCAUUGACUCUGUGCACAACCCAGAGAGGAAGUUAGUGCCUUCAGUGUCGGAGCCCAGCGUGCCUUCUUAUAGCGCAGACAUCCAUCCUCCUCUUCGUAGCUCCAUCCCCAGCGUCUUCUCUCAAACACUGCCUCGCAACUCUGUGCCAAAGUGGGCAGAGGAUAGCGCUCCGCCUCGGCCGCCGCUCCCUCGCCUCUACGACUACGAGGAAACGCCCCCUGCGGUGCCGCCCCUCCCCAAAGAGGCGUCGGCCAUUCGCCACACGUCGGUGCGAGGCCUGAAGCGGCAGUCUGACGAGAGGAAGAGGGAUCGUGAGAGCGGCCAGUAUGUGGUCAAUGGCGACUUUAAGGCUGAUUUGCGUUCUUUCCUGAGUGAACCAGAGCUGCCAGGCAUUAGUCACCUGGACUCCCAGCAUUUAGACAGCAAAGCAGCGGGUCUGUUAGGUACUUCGUGGCGACUCAACCAUUCAGACGCCGUUUCUUCCUUUGUCACCUUGAGGAGAGGCCCGACCCCCUCUGUGGACAGGGAGAGACCUAGGAGUGCCUUGGAGUGUCUGUCCUCAGAGGUCCUGCAGUAUUCGGGUGUCCAGCCUCGUGGCCGAAUGAGCGCCGAGGAGCAGCUGGAGCGCAUGAAGCGCCACCAGAGGGCGCUGGUCCGCGAGCGCAAGAGGAACCUCAGCCAGGGUGAACGCUCCUCCGUCAGCGUCCCCGCCCGGCGAGCCGCCUCCUCCCCCCGGCUGCCUUCCAGCACCACUGACCCGCCCGCCUCCGUGCUCGAUUGGCGUGAGGAGCGGCUGGGGGCUGAAGGUCAAAGUGAUGAAGGUCAGAGCCAAGGCAGGGAGAAGCAGAGUGGUCAGUGGGUGACGGCGAAGGCCGUGCUGGUCCGAGAGACGGACGUGGAACCUCUGGACUACGACCUUGACAUCAGCAGAGAGCUUUCCAAGCCUCAGAAGGUUCCCAUCCCGGAGCGCUAUGUGGAGCCGGACCCUGAGGAGCCUCUGAGCCCCGAGGAAGAGGCGGAAAGGAGCCGCCGCACUCAACGCAUCAAGAACCUGCUCAGCAAGUCCAAUGUUCAGAACCUGCAGUCGGCACCAUUGGACCUGACUGAGCUGGACUUGGUUCUGCAGCAGCAGGAGAGGAUCAUGAAUGCAUCACGUGCACUGGCUGCAGAGGCGUCACAAAAGAGCAAACUGGUGGCAGCUAAAGCCGCUGCUGCUGUCACCACCACUGCCACUCUUGGGAAAACAUGAGACUCUUGGGAAAACAGCCAAUUUCAACAGUUGCUUCUAUUUUCAGUAAUUUAUACUUUUUUUUAAACAAAUGCUGACUAAUUCAGUUUUAACACAUAAGAAGCCGAUUGUGUUUAAAGUAAAAUGACGGGUGAUACACUGGUAGAAGACAAUUAUGAUUCCACCCACCCCCAAUAUUGUCAAAGCUGUUGCAUAUAUGCUACAUUGCUCAUGAUAAAUGUGUUCCUUGUUUGAAUUUUUUUUUUGCUUAAUACCACAAAUAUACUUUGAAUUAAAGCAAAGACCAUAUACUAAUUAAGAACAAUAGACACUAACAUUUACUGAGUGUUUUAUUGGCAUUUUUGCUAUUGUGACAAAUAUGUCCCGUCCGGCUUUCUGUAGCAAUUUUAAAGCUAAAAGCUCGAUAGCUUUAUAGCUAACGAGAUAGAUUUUCCGAGCUUCUUUUAUAUGAAUUAACGAAUUAUAGUAAGAACAAUUGAAUUGUAAUAUGUGACAGCAUGUUAAGAUUUUAAAAACAUGUUAACUUGCUUUAAAAUGAGCUUUAAUGCCAAAAAACGUUUUUGGAAAUGAGCUAGCUUACCUGACACAAUACCAUCUGGGGAAGCCAUAUCAUGAAAUAGUCACAUGACAACCACACCAAAAUAUUUUCUAUAUGGCACUUAGGGACUUCAUGAGUUCAACUCACGCACAAAGCUGUGUAGGACACAUUGUAGGUCAUAAAGUGUCACCGCGGCUUCUUAUGGGCUAAAACGCAAACAUUUUACGUGUGAAAAUCACAAUUUUAACACGCUGGAAAACAUGCUUGUUUUUUGUCCUCAAGUCGUUCGAUCAGCUUGUAGCGUCACCUAGUGGUCACAGUCUGUCUUUGCUACUAAGAUGAUGAAUCAAGUAAAGGAAUACUGUCACCUUACAAAAUAAACAGGAAAGUAAUACAAGUUUACUGUGUGUGUGCUUUUAUUAUUUUUAGCAAUAAGGAAAAAAAACUGGAGUCAUUGAAAAAAAAAACCUCAAUGUCAGCAUCACCACUCCGGCUAAGGAAAUCAUAAAAAAGGGUUGUGAUUGGCCUACAAGUGAACACAUGAUGUACAAAUCAACAAAUGUCCCUUGUCCCGCCUACGAUGACUUCACAAAUGACAUUUUGUACACUUCUUUGCGUUCAGUGUUCCCCCUCUCUGGGACGCUUUUGUCCUUUUCUGUUGUGGUUUCUUUUGGGUCUGGAUGACAAGCGUUGUCCUCUGAGUCUUUGCUUUCGUUGGGAGACGUCUCAGGCUUUGGUGUCACCUCACUCUG